CGCGAAGUUCUAAGCACCUAAUUCUUCUGGGAUAAUGACAGCGAGUCGUGAUGCUUACAGCACUCUGAAAGCUGAUGACAGAACAAGAAUAGCAAAACCAGAGUAUAACAACAGCGAUGAAAGUAUGAAAACAUCACUUUUUAACGGAGCUGGAUGGUACAUACCAUCAGAAAGACGUUGGGAAACUUACAAUGAACACUUUGAACUUCCAAGACUGACUCGCAGGGAUGCUGUCGACUUUCAGUCUGAAAAGGAUUUCGUUAAUUUUCUUAAAAGGCGGGACAUUCCCAAUUAUAAGAAAAUCACGGCCUACUACCCGUCUCAUCCUCCAUCUGUUAAGUGGAAUAGUCACUUCCAAACGCCAUCAUCUCAAUCACAAGGUGAUCCCCAUCAUAGAACCUCUCGAAUACCUAAAUGGGAUGAGGUGGGCUAUUAUGGAUACUAUCAAGAGAUACUUGAUCGAAUGAAAAUUGAAGACUGUAGAAGAUUAUCACCUUCUGGUAUGACUGGUUAUCCUCACUUUACACAUCAAACCUAUUACUGACUGAAAGAAUACUCAGAGAUGGAAUUUCUAGUGCAUUGAAGAGUUCCACAAAUGAAAUUACAACAGUCAUUCAUUGGAAUUUGAGAAAAUAAGUGUACUGUUACUUCAUUUCCUGAGUUAUUUAGUUUCUUCAUAUAUCCAUCGGAAUAUCUUGAGUAGAUAGAAAGGUGGAUAAUAAUACCAAUACUACUACUACUACUACUACUACUACUACUACUACUACUACUACUACUA